AUGAAUAAAAUUCAACACAAUGAGCUAAUAGAUUUAAGUAAAGAUUAUUGUAACACAUUUUGUGCAUUGUACAGGUUAAAUACACAAGAUGAAGCUGAAAUUGACAAAAUAUACAAACAAAUUAAAAUCAAAUUAAUUGAUACAAAAAUGUUUUUACCAUCUCAGAUCCUUGAGGUGAUAUGCAAUGUAGCAAAGUUAAAUAACCGAUAUAUGAAGUCAUAUUGGGAAUUAUUCAGAAAAACAGCAGAGAAUUACAAAAUUCAACAAAUUUUUUCUUCUACAUAUAAUCAAUCAAAAUAUAAGACAUACGAAUCAUAUUUAAAAGAAAGGUACAUCAAAUAUUUCAUUUGGGAUGAAAUAUAUUUUGAAAAAGAGGAAAAAACAAAUGAUAAAAAUAAAAACAUUAAUUACUCAUUAGAUAUUCAUGAAAGUAAUCCAAUUUGCAGAUCAUUAGUGCUUGAUGAUUUAGGAUCAUUUAUAUUUUAUACAGAGCAGGAUGGAUUUGAUAAAUAUCAGAGAGUGAAAAGCAAUUUUUAUCCUUAUUCAUUAUUGGGAUAUUCAUUACUUGAAUUAUGCUGUUACUAUGGUGCCAUCAGAUGUUUUAAGUUCCUGAGAACAAAAUUUAACUCAGAAAUAACAGAAAAAUGCCUUCAAUUUUCUUUUUUGAGCGGCGUUCCAGAUAUUAUGAACGAGUGCCUCAAAUUCCAAAGACCUUACAAGGAAUGCAUGGAAUGCGCAAUUAUUUCUCAUAAUAUCGAUUUUGUUUCUUUUCUGAUGAAUGAAUACCAUUUGAAAAUCGAUUUGGAAGAUUGUUGUAGAUAUCAUAAUCUUCAAGUAUACUUAAUGUAUUUAGAUAUCACAAAAGAUAUCAAUAAUUGCUUUGUUUUAUCACCAUCUUUUCAUUUCCCAGAACUUUGUAAAUAUUUAAUUUCACAUGGAGCAAAUGUUAAUGCAAUAGGACAUUCAUCAAAAACCCAUCUUUGUUAUUCUGCAGUAAAUAGUAGUAGAGAAACAGUUGAUUAUAUCACUACAUACGGGGUUAAUUUUGUUCGAGAUUAUAAUUAUGAAUGGUUUGCUAUUAUGGAUGCUGCAUGGAAUAAUAGCGCCGAGAUUGCUGAAAUCUUGAUUUCUCAUGGAGCCAGAAUCGAUUCACAUGGAAUUAAUGAAAAAACCGCUUGUCAUAUUGCAAUUGAAAGAAAUAGUAUAGAAACUAUUAAAGUGUUUGUUGCUCAUAAAGAUCUAAUCAAUGAUUCUACUCUUCAUUUAGCAUUAAUAUAUGAUAAAGAAGAGAUAGCAAAAUUUCUCAUUUUGAACGGAAUUAAUAUUAACACUCAUGAUAAUAAUGGAAAAACGCCACUUCAUAUUGUAGCUGAUGGAAAUAAAACAGAAAUGGCAGAACUACUUAUUUCUCAUGGAGCAAAUAUCAACUUAACCGAUAAAAACGACGAAACUGCUCUCCAUUAUGCUUUGAAAUAUGACAGAAAAGAAAUGACAGAACUACUGAUUUCCCAUGGAGUUAACAUCGAUGCGAAAGAUAAGGAUGGGAAAACAGCACUUCACAUUGCUGCUGAAAGAAAUAAUAAAGAAAUAGCAGAAUUUCUUAUUUCGCAUGGUGCAAAUCUUGAAGAAACAGAUAAUGAAGGGAAAUCAGCUCUCGAUUAUGCAAUUAGAUAUGAUAGAAAAGAGAUAGAAAAGCUUCUAAUUUCAUAUGGAGCAAAUAUCAAUGCACAAGUUAUAAAUGGUGAAUCUGCUGCAAUUACAAAUAGAACAAACAAUGAAGGAAAAACAUUUUCCCAAUAUUAUCAUAAUUUCAUCAAUUAUACUUUUUCGAAUUGUAUCAUAAUAUAA